UGAUUCGAUUGUUUUCUUGCAUUUUCUCAAAAUCUGACUAAAAAUAUCACUUAAGUAGUUUACUUUUCGAACUUUCUCUGAUUUGCUGUCAUUCUGACUUUUUCCUGAGUGAGGGCGGCUAAUAAUUACGUAUUCCCUUUAGAUUUAUUAUUGGUAACUCGUAAACGAUCCGAACUCAGUCCACAUGCCAUGGCAGAGCCUGAAGUAAGUCACCCAGUGAGUGGGCCUAAUUUCAAAAAUUUACUCAAUCCAGUUGCACUAAGAGAUAUAGUAGCGGGUUGGUUAAAAGAAGACGUACCAAACUUUGACUAUGGUGCGUUCGUUGUAGGGGAGAAGCAAGAAACGGCUGUCCUACUCUGUAAGAGUGCUGGUGUCCUAGCUGGUGUGCCAUUUUUCAAUGCCAUAUUUGAGCACCUAGACUGCCAUGUGUCCUGGAAUUAUCUAGAGGGAGUUGCUUUGCACCCUAUAUGCCAGGUGGCGACAGUGACUGGAAAAGCGAAAAAUAUUCUACUUGGCGAGAGAGUUGCAUUGAACUGCAUUAGUCGAGCAAGUGGUGUUGCGACUGCUGCAUCUAGGCUCAGAGUAAUUGCCGAAAAAGCUGAAUGGCACGGCGAGAUUGCCGCUACUAGAAAGACUACUCCGGGAUUUCGCAUGGUGGAGAAGUAUUCCGUGCUAGUCGGUGGACUCUCCCAACACAGGUACGACCUGUCCUCUAUGGUCAUGCUCAAGGACAACCACAUCUGGUCCGCCGGAUCCAUAACCCAGGCCGUGAAGGAAGCUAGACGCGUAUGUGGCUUCUCCAUGAAGAUUGAGGUGGAGUGUCUCGAUAUCACCGAUGCUCUUGAGGCGGCGCGUGCCGGGGCUGACAUCGUCAUGCUGGACAACGUCGGACCACAGAAGCUUCACGAGGACGCGGCGUGUCUGAAGGCGGAGUUCCCGCGGCUCUGUGUCGAGGCGAGCGGAGGGGUGACGGAGGACAACGCUCGCCGCUACAUGGGUCCGCACGUCGACGUGAUCUCUCUCGGCAGACUCACGCAGGGAUACGAGUGCGUAGACUUCUCACUGAAGGUCGUCAAGUGCUCUGGUCUCGGCCUCGGAGGUGCAAUGGACUCCGGAAUCAGACUCGUGACUCUGAGCCCGUGCCAGACUACCAAGAAGGCGUCACGAGCUCUCACCAUUCUUAUCAUACAAAAUCUGGAGAAGGAGGCAGGAUUGGCACAUCCGCUACUCAACAAGGGGCGCUUGACCACGACUCAAGUGCCAUGCAUUCCUCCAGCUCCCGAUGCUGUCAGCAUCAAGACGUAUCCGACCCGUCUCAACCAUGCUGGGGAUCCACGCCACGCGAGAGCCGCGGACCCCAAAUUGGACGAGCUCGCCAAAGGACCCUGCCUGCGAGUCUGCGAGAACUCCGGACACGCAUCAUAA